GUGGUUGUGGCGAAUGGCUGUGCCUCCCUCUUCUCUGCCUUGGCCACAGUCCUGUGUGAUCCAGGGGAGGCUUUUCUGAUCUCCAGCCCCUAUUACGGGGCCAUCACUCAACACGUGUAUCUCUAUGGGAAUGUCCGACUCGUCUUUGCCCACCUAGACAGCAGGGUCACUGGGAUGGACAGCCGCCCCUUCCAACUUACAGUCAAGAAGCUGGAAGCAGCCCUUCAGGGAGCCAAGUCUGAGGGAAUAAACAUCAAAGGCCUUAUUCUCAUCAACCCCCAGAACCCUCUGGGUGACAUCUACUCCCAGGAACAGCUGCAGGAGUACCUGGAAUUUGCAAAGAGGCAUGAGCUCCAUGUGAUAGUGGAUGAAGUAUACAUGCUCUCAGUUUUUGAUGAAGCCGCCAUAUUCCAAAGUGUCCUGGGCAUGGACAGGUUUCCAGAUCCCCAGAGGACCCAUGUGAUAUGGGGGACCAGUAAGGACUUUGGGAUCUCAGGCUUUCGCUUUGGCACACUGUACACAGAGAACCAGGAUGUAGCUAAUGCUGUGGCUUCCCUCGGCUGUCUGCAUGGUAUCUGUGGCACCGUUCAGUACCAGAUGGCCCAGUUGCUUGGGGACCGAGACUGGAUCAACCAGGUAUACCUUUGUGAAAACCAUGCCCGGCUCAGGGCUGCUCAUGGCUACAUCACAAAGGAGCUGGAGACCCUGAACAUCCCCUUCCUCAGGACCAAAGCUGGCUUCUUUGUCUGGAUGGAUUUGAGAAAGUACCUGUGCACAGGCACCUUUGAGGAGGAGCUCUCUUUGUGGCGUCGCUUCCUGGACCACAAGGUACUUCUGCUCUGUGGCAAGGCCUUUGAGUGCAGUGAACCUGGCUGGUUCCGUCUAGUCUUCUCAGACAAGAUUCAUAGGCUACAGCUGGGUGAGAAAUUUGCUGUUUCCCUGAGCCCUGAAACCCUUCCUCCCUUCUCCCCAUCAGCCUG